GCAGUGGGUGCUGUGUUCUUCAUCCCAGCCAGCACAGAGGUACGCUCAAUAAAAAAAAUUGUCAUUUAGUCUGGAGGUAAGACGGCAGGCCCUUGAGUUGGAUAGCAGCACUGGUUUGCUCUGCAGGCAGUCGUGUAUACGCAACCUGGAAAGCCCACCAGAUAGUACAGAGUUGGAUGUUUUGUGGGAUUUGAUUUGAUUACAGUCAUGUUGAACUUGCGUAUUCUGAGAUGCAGGAGUGCACUGAUACGAGAGUGCAUGGCUGAAUUCUUGGGAACUUUCAUCUUGCUGCUCUUUGGCUGUUCUGCAGCAGCGCAAGUAAAAACCAGCAAUGAGAAGAAUGGCCAGUUUCUGUCAGUCAACAUGGCCUUCUCUGUGGGUGUGAUGUCAGCCAUGUAUCUCACCAAAGGAAUCUCAGGGGCCCAUCUCAACCCAGCAGUGACUCUGAGUUUCUGCAUCUUGGGAAAGGUCAAUUGGGGACGGCUAUUGCCCUACUCCCUCUUCCAAGUGCUGGGGGCUUACAUGGCAUCACUUAUGGUCUACCUGGUCUACUAUGAUGCGAUAAUGGAGUACAGUGGAGGAAACUUGACUGUUUAUGGCCAGAAUGAGACGGCAUCCAUAUUUGCCACUUAUCCUAAAGAGUUUGUUAGUGUCGGCAGGAGCUUCCUUGAUCAAGUUGUGGGCACUGGGCUGCUUCUGCUGUGCAUCCUGUGUCUGGAUGAAAAGCGGAACACUCCCGCUCCUCCAGAUCUGAUCCCUGCUAUAGUUGCUGUGAUGGUCCUGGGAAUCGCCAUGUCUUUGUCAGCCAACUGCGGAGGGGCUAUCAAUCCUGCUCGAGACCUGGGGCCACGGCUCUUCACGCUGACGGCAGGCUGGGGUACAGAAGUCUUUACGUGUUAUAAUUACUGGUUCUGGGUACCGAUUGUGGGUCCUCUUCUUGGAGGCAUUUUGGGUUCGUUCAUUUAUUUGAUCUUCAUCCACUGGCAGCUGCCUGACGUAGAACCACGUGAGAACCUCCUCACAUUUUCAAGCAUCUGUGACCAAAUUAAACACGUGGACAACAUAACUGAGAAAGGAGAUGAGAUGAAGACUGCACAGUUUUAAUUGCUGCAAUGAACAGGUUUCUACUAAAAUAAGACUGAUUUCAGCCCCUCACAAUCAACAAAUACAUAAAAGAGGCAUAUUCUUGUUGGAACGUGAUGAGAUGGACAUGUAUGAUAAAGCUGAACUGCCUUAAAUGCACAAUUGUUUUAAAAGUAGCAAGUAUUUUUAAUAUUAAAACUAAAAUAUUUAAGACAGAUUCAAAGCCACAUCUUGUGAAAGCUAGAAGCUAUUCUAUUAAUUGCUGCAAGUCAUUUUACAUUCAUGUACCUGGCAGCUCAGGAAUAUGAGAGUACAUAGACAUUUUUGAUUCUUAUCACAAAUAUAUGUACACCUGUGUUGUUUUUGAUUGGUUCAUUUGAUUGGUUGUUUCCUGCCUCACCCUGUAUGCCCCGCCCAUAUUUAGGGAAGUUUUCCUCUACUUGGUUAACUUGACUUAUAUGACCCCUCCAACCAAGCAACUUUGUUAAGCUUUAAAAAAGCUUUCCAUUUAGAGGUGAGAAUGUCUUCUCUGUGCACGGAAGCACAGAUAGGCAGUGAGAAAUUUGUAAAAAAUAAAAACUUUAAAAAGGACAAGAAAAAGACAGAUAAAUUGAGGCAAUUCAUUGUUAUGCAGUUUCAGGUGAAGCUGCUCCACUAAGGUGCCUGUUACACACUUCUGUGAAAUCUUUGGGUCUUCGGUUUAAACUAAAUGUAGAACAGAAUAGAACAAAGUACAUGAAUCCUGUUGACAGCUGUUUAUCACUCACAGAAUGUGUAAAAACCUGGACUUGACACAUACAGAUUCAUGUUUUUUUGCUGCCUCCUGGGCCAGUUUAAACACUCCCAAAAUUAAGAGACAGUUAAGAGAUUGUUCCAACUGUUUGUACUCCUUUGAAGUGAAACAAAACCUUUACAGCUCCAUUGUCUGGGAAAAUGUGGCAUAUACACCUUCAGAUAUUUUGUAUUUUGCCAACAACUACAAACUCAAUACGUCCUGGUUUUACUCCCUCUUUACAGCACAGUUUUUCACCUGGUUAAUGUGGACAAAACCAACCAUGCUGCAAUGCCCCCUGUGGGCCUGGUUAGCUCAUUACAGUCUGAGAUUUUAUGACAUCCAAACCCUUACAAGCAACAUUAUUUAAAUCAAUCAUUUUAAAAGUGGAGAGUAAAGACACAUUUUGACCCCUAACAAACACAACUAUUAAAGAUUAUUUUUUUACGUUGCUGUACAAUCUCUUUUACUUAAAUAAAUGAUCUGUCAUAUUUACGCAUGUAUAUACUGCUUUGAGGAUUUGUAUCCUGUGUCUUAUGACAAGAUUGUCUUUUUUUCAUCAUCUUGUUUAAACACCCAUUGAAGACCUGAACUGUAACCACAAAAUUUUGAAAUAAAAAAAAGGUUUGGUCUUUGA